UUCCGCUCCGGCCUGCCCAAGGUUUGGCUUCUCGGGCCGAGGGUGGGGGUACGGAGGUGGCUGCCGAAGGCAGGAGGCGGUGCGGGAAGCGAGAAGCUCGCGCGCGGACCAAUCCCUGCGUCCCGGGCCGCGACCCUGCUUCUGCAGCGCCCCGAGGAGAGGCCGGCCGGAUGGGCCGCUGAGCCGGAGUCGGGGACCGUGUGGAGCCCCCUGGAGCUGAGAUCAGGAUGUUCCGCUUCAUGAGGGACGUGGAGCCUGAGGAUCCCAUGUUCCUGAUGGACCCCUUCGCAAUUCACCGUCAGCAUAUGAGCCGCAUGUUGUCGGGCGGCUUUGGAUAUAGCCCCUUCCUGAGCAUCACAGAUGGUAACAUGCCGGCCACCAGGCCUGCCAGCCGCAGGAUGCAGGCUGGGGCUGUCUCUCCCUUCGGGAUGUUGGGAAUGUCCGGUGGCUUCAUGGAUAUGUUUGGGAUGAUGAACGACAUGAUUGGGAACAUGGAGCACAUGGCCGCCGGAGGCAACUGCCAGACCUUCUCUUCCUCCACCGUCAUCUCCUACUCCAACACUGGGGAUGGUGCCCCCAAAGUUUACCAGGAGACAUCUGAGAUGCGCUCUGCCCCAGGCGGGAUCAGGGAGACGCGGAGGACUGUCCGGGACUCAGACAGUGGUCUAGAGCAGAUGUCCAUUGGGCAUCACAUUCGGGAUAGGGCUCACAUCCUCCAGCGCUCCCGAAACCACCGCACAGGGGACCAGGAAGAGCGGCAGGACUACAUCAACCUGGAUGAAAGUGAGGCAGCAGCUUUUGAUGAUGAAUGGAGAAGGGAAACAUCCCGAUACAGACAGCAACGUCCUCUGGAAUUUCGACGGCAUGAGGCAUCUGUGGGUGGAGGGCGAAGGGCUGAGGGACCUCCCCGCCUGGCUAUCCAGGGACCUGAGGACUCCCCCUCCCGACAGUCCCGUCGCUAUGACUGGUGAAGGCCCCAGGCUCUCAGCCUUUCAUGCUCAUCUUUCCUUCCUCAGGUGCAGGCUGAGAGGCUGAGAAAUCAUCCUUGAAAUGACUGUCCUUUCCAACCUCCAUCCCAAUUUAAUAUUAAAUUAACAGGCAAGCUGGCCCCGCCUCUCCCUUGGGUCUCAGGGAGAGCCUUCUACUGCCCCUUUACCUAUGUUUCCAUCUUCACCCCUCACCACGUGCCCCACCCAUCCUUAUCCACUAACUUGAGUUCUCAUGUUGCUGCUCCAUCUCCAAGCCGCCUCAUCUUCCCGACCCCCUGCCACGCAUUGAAGGGUUUGGGGCAAGCUCUGGGUUUAGGGAUCUCCCUCCCUCAGCUCCCCUGACCCUUGCCCACCUCUUCCUCACAGCCCCACUGCAGAUGCCAUGGUCCUCUAAGGGCUAUGGAGAAAGUGGACUAGUUCCCAAUUCUUUGUCCCUUCCCCCACCCAUCACAAAAACACUUUCCUAUACCCUUCUCUGCCUUUAUAAAAAUAAAUGAUUUGUGCAACUUGUAACUAGGUGUUUAUGGAAUAAAGGAGAAUGGAAAAAAAA